UUCUCUGACUGUCUGAGCUCUGGGGACAGGAGCUAUAUUCAUCUAAUGGAUCAUCCAACAAAGAAUGAAUAUGCAUAUUGGUGUCACAAGGAGUUCUAUACAGUGCAUAAUCAUAUUCUUACAUUUUCUGUCUUUUUUCUAACUUCUUGUCAGCUCAUCAUACAAGCAACUAUUGACUAUCACACUAUCUUUACAUUGUAUGACUUUGGAUGGUCUGGCUCAGUACAAGAUCACUGGAUCUUUUGCAAUUCCCAUCUUUGGCAGCAUUAUGAUGAUUAUUUUCAGCAGCAUAAGUAUAUUCUCAUUGUGAAGGAUGGGUAUUCACAUUACAGAUACACUAUUUACUGA